AAGAGUCGUAUGAAACAAUUAGUUCAGGACUAUCUGAGGUAUUGAAGGAGUUGAACGACAUCAUUUCACACCCACUACUCACUGUUGAUGAAACAGAGUACCGCCUUGAGUUUUUCCUGGGUAGUGAUUACAAGUUUCUUUUACUGAGUAUGGGCCUCAACAAAGCAACCUCUAUGUACGCUUGUGUCUGGUGUACCAUCAAGAAGGAUGAAAGGUGGGAUAUGUCAAAGGAUAGGGCUGACUACACCGUAACAAAUGCAAGAACAUUGAGUUCCCUACAAGCAAAAGGCGCACUUCCCAGCAGUAAACCAGCAAGUGUACGACUAGGAUCAAUUACAACACCACUACUGAACAUAGAGCCAGACCAUAUAAUACCCGAUGAGCUACACCUACUCCUACGUAUAGCUGACGUUUUAACAAGAAAUCUCAUUCUAGAGAUAGUGGCAUCUGCUAAACAAGACAGACAAGGAAACGCACAUAUACUCACUCACCUACAAACACUACAGACGAUCGUUAAAGACUGUGGUAUCACGUUCAGGGUAUGGGAAGCAAGGGGUCCAGAUGGCAAAGCUUCUGGACAUUACGAAUGGACAUCACUGCAGGGGAACGACACCAAGAAGUUUCUGGAACGUCUCCCAGUGAGGUUUGCUGACCUACUGAAGGAAGAAAUUCAAGCUAAAAUGGCCCAACUUUGGACAGAAUUUCUCUCUUUGUAUAAGAUGGUUUCUAGCUGGACUCCACCUCCCAGUGAAGUGGUUGAGCAAAAGGCGAAAGACUGGAUAAGGCUUUUCUUGAGCUUGAAGCACAAGUGUCAAGGGUUUCAGGAAAAGAAUAUUACGCCCUAUAUGCACACACUGGUCUUUCACUUCCCUUACUUUAUUUCAAAAUACGGAAAUGUCAAGAUGUUUAGUGGACAAGGGGUGGAGAAAAAUAAUGAUGACGCCAAGAGACACUACUUCUCCAGUAAUCUGCAUGACCCAGUGGGGGAGGUUCUGAAAGCUGAAGCGAGAAUAGACGAGACAUCACAAUUUAAGCGAAAGAAACGAAAGUACAUACGAAAAACUCCAUUAGAUUUAGUAGACAUGAACAAACAGCCACGACUUGACUCUGAAUCAUGAUUAAUUCUACCCAAC